GAUCUACAAUCAAUCUUCCCAAAGAACACAUCUCUAGCAGCAGCCAAUUGAUAAAUGAAAUGCAACAUGAUAACAAAAGAUCGCACAUUUCUCCAACUUUACGUCGGCACUCAUCAAACGUCAAAACCUAUGACGCAAUUCAAUUUCGGGAUAAAUUGAGAAGAGGAGUGUCUCUGGAAAAUAUUGGUCCCCAACGAGUGUGCUUCUACCCACAACCGACACGGAAUCCACAAGGAAAUCGAGCUGUUUUGUUCUCAAAGAAUCCUAUCGGAAGCUCAUCCAAAAAUAUCAGUCGAAAAGUGUCCAGUUAUUCGAAAAUGUCAAGUUUGGCAAGAGUUGCUUGGCUAAGACCCUACACAGCCGACCCAAUGCAUGCGUCAACACUGCCCAGAAAUUACGGACUUCAUGAAACAUCAGCUACAUGGAAUGAUCGUAUACUGUACAACAAUAUGGGAGCAUCUACAGUAGGACGAGUGGUUGGAGCAGGUCAUAAUGGGCAUACUGUUCAUGGUGGAAGGCACUUUGCAUCAUUGGAAAAGUCAAAAGCUCAACGAUAUUCUCGCAGCGAGUAUCAUCUAAUGAACAAUAACAACGAGUUCACCGAUUAUGACACUAUUCAAAGACAGAACGGACGGCCCACCACAACAGACACAUUUUCGAAAAUGGCGCCAAGCGACGGAAUGAGCUUUGACAGUGCUCACCAAAAGCGAACUGAAGGCGUUUUUCAAUCACUGGCUAAGGGAUUUAAAUCAUGCAUCAACCACUACCAAUCAGAAGCCACACGGCUCCGGACAGAAAUCGCAAAUUCCAAGUUGAAUGGGGAUAGUUUGAAGGAUUUUAAUGAUGAACUUCUAUUGUGCGACGAGAAUUUAAUAAUCUACAACGCUCGAUUGCACAGGCUCAAUAAGCUUUAUGAGAGCUACAAAUCAGGACAGUAUUCACAGAUGAAAGCUCGCUCGUCAAGUCUCAGUGAGCUCCGUGCUGCGUUUAUCCGUUCAAAAUCCGAUGUCUCUGCUCAAAAACCAAUUGAUGCAGAAUUGGCGAAUCUUAUGGGAAGAGUUGUAGUUGAUAUUAAGGCAAUUGUUGGUUUUGCAAGAAUAUCACCCGGUGACGUGUUUGAAGUACUUAUAAGACAUGGAUCACAAAAAUGGAAAACGAAGGGGAAGACGCUUCAAGAUCGAACUCAAAAAUGGGAAAAAGAGCAAGUUGUGCUCACUUGUGUGCCGGAUCAAUCGAUUGAUGUUAAAGUAUCGGAAUGCCGACUUUUUAAAUCAAAAUCUCUGAAUGAUCGGAGUUUUGAUCCGUGCCAGCUAUUCUCAUCGCAGCCUCAAUUAGUGACAAUGAAUUUGAAUUCAAUGGGAACUAUCAAACUUCAGCUGGUUGUUACUUGGUUACCUCUGCUCGCCUCGAAAAGCUCAACAAAGCCAACAAUAGCUCCAAAUCCUCCAGAAAUUGACGGAACAACGACAAUCGAUCGAAAGCCACGUAUUGUACUCCGAGAAAAGAAGCGUGGAUCAGCGGCACGUGUUGCAAUGAAAGAACAAUGGAGAAAUUCAACGAAUAUGUUAGAUUCAAUAUAUCUUGAUGUUGCAAAAACAAUUCCAUCAGUUGAUGCAAUGUCAACUCUUGAUCUUCGAAAAAUACCGAAAGAGCUCAAUACAGGCACCCUUCCGGCUCCGUCGAGCAAGAAACGAGAAUAUUCCAAGAAUUUCACGAGUUUCGCCAAUUCUCCAAUGGCCUCAUCGACUCUCAUGGGAAAACGUAGUCAGAGUCUUGCACAGCUCGGAGCAACAACUGGCUCUCCGGACUCUACGAGAGAAUUUAAUAGAAAAUUUAAAAAUUCAUCUGAAACAGACACAAAUAGUAGUGCUUCCGAGGUAUUUGGUUUGUUAGACCUUAUUGAAGAAAUUCAACCGAAAGCCGCAAAAAUGUAUCGAGAAUAUGAUGAGUUGAACAGUUUGGUGAAUUUAUUGGCACAAUGGCAAACGUUGAUUAAAAUGAAUAAGAAAGCUUCCCAGUCAUCAAAAAAGCAAUCAAUUCACUCGAUAAACUCGCUGCCACGUAAUCAUCCGAUGACGUCAUCGACAGCUUCUGAUGAAUUGGAUGAUAAUGUGCUGAUCACAAAUGAGAUACAUUCUGAAAAUGACAGUGGAAUUGACUCUCUCCGUCAAAAUUGCUCCCCCUACGUGCUAGACGGUCAUAACAAGCAUGGCUCAAAAGGUAGCCGAGAAGGAGCACGAUUUAGACAAUUAAAAGAGCGAAGGAAAUCACUUGGAGCAUUAAUGGAUUCUGCAGAGAUUGAGAAAUUAUAUCUGGAAAGUGACUAUUUCUGGCAGACUGCAUGUCAUGAGACUGGAGACAGUAAUACUGGAACUGGAAGUUCAGAAGUUGAUACUUGUCUCAAUUAUCAUUUAAAUCGAAUUCUCAAGUGUUUGGAGAGUCUCGAGAGCAUCGAGACGGACUGUCCACUUGUGUACAAAACAUCUGAAAUGUUGAAAAGGCUGGAAGUUGAAACAGUGACACUUGAUGAUCUUCUUCGAAUCGCAAAAAGUGCUCCGGCUCUUCCGAAUAUUUCGAAUGUGCUCACAGAGAUUGAAGCCUGUCCAGAAGUUCAAGAAAUCUGGUUAUCAACUUGUUAUCCAUUGAAUUCGUCGUUAAUAGUGCCAAAAGACAAGCUGAAGGCACAGAUUAAAUUGCAAAUUGCUCAUAUUACGGAGCAAAUUUAUCCACAUCUUGUUAGUCGUGUUGCUGAAUCUAUAAUCUGCCUUCUAAACGAUGCAGUUCAAAAGGAUUGCUCUCACGUAACAGUCUUCCAUUUCGUCGGAAUUUUCAAAGGGCGACAUUUUGAGCCAUAUAUUGAGAAUAUGGGACAUGACGCGUGGAUGGUUACACUACUCGAUACAGAACAUAUUCAAAAAGUGGCACAAGUUGUCGAUAGACUCUCGAAUGUGCCAGUUGUCCCACCAUUGGAGUCGCUGAAGCAUUUGGGUGUUCUGUUGGCGAGAGGAGAUUUUCGAAUUUCUAUGAUUGUUGAACAAUAUCUUCGAAAUGCCAAUGGUCAUUUAUUAUCUGAUCUAUUAUCAUCUUAUCUCUGCCUUCUUGAGGAUGAUAAUACUGAUGCUCGUCUUGGAGCACUAAAGGCUCUUGCCAUUUUUGAUAAUCCCCGAAUAACAAAACAAAUCUCCUACGUGGCCGAUCAUGACGUAUCGGAUGACGUCAGACGCUUUGCCACGUCAAUGUUACGUGGAUUCGAGGAGGAAGUCACGCGGAUUUAAAAGUGCCACGUCAUCAUUUAUCCAUGACAAUAACUCAUUUUGUUCUCUGUAAUUUGUUCAUACUGAAAUUAUAUUUCCCCUUGUUCAACUUUUUUCCAAAAAUUGCUCCUGUGUCUUUUCCCUCUUUCCAAAAAAUUGUGGCUCAAAAUGUGAUUUUUUUUCGUUGGACUUCAACGAAAAAUACUAAUGUAUGAAAUCGGGUUCUCUUCUUGUGAAUUUUAUAUUUUUUGAAAAAGAUAAUGCUAGAAAAUAAUAAAAUAUUACCCUAAUUGUG